GUUGCUUUUCCUCCCGUGCUCUGUUUGCAGGGAGCCCAGAUUGAGACGGGCUUGGUUGGGAGUUGCGUGUAGGUGAGGAGCAGUUGCAAGCUGGCUGACUAUUUCCACGUGUCAGCAGUUGCCUUUGAUAUGCAAAAGCAUGUUCUGGGUCUUGUAAUUGUACUUGGGGGCUCAGCUGGUCUCUUGUUCUUCCUCACUUACUGAGAGAUUGCUAGGUCUCUACUUUCAGUUGUGCCAGUUCUAAAGUAGGUUUUCUGGAUAAAUUUUGCCAGUGUUUUUGAUAUUUAAUUUGAACAUGAAAUGUUUGUGUAGGGACACUUUUUUUAUAAAAAAAAAGCCUUCUCUUCAUUAAUGCCGUUUGGAAUUUGGUUGAGUAAUGCUUGAUAUAUAAAAUACAAACUUUUUUUUUAAUGGUUUUACAUAAAAGGAAGUAAAUUGAGGAUGGAAAGGUUAAUGUGCGUAUAAUGCCGUCAUUUCUCUUAUAAAUGUGGCAGGUGGCUUGCCCAACCAGAAAUGUGCUUUGCCUCUUGUUGCCUUUUUAAAAAGUAUUUUUGUUUAGUUACCAAAAGAUACAGAACAUCAAAAUAACUGCUCAUAAAUAGUAGAGGGAAGAUCAGAUACUAGCAGUGUGGUGGACUGGGUGAGAGGGGGGCAUUCUUUUCUGCAACUCCAAAGUUAGGGAAUUUCCUCCCUGCAGUGGGAGGAAGUGGGUCCGUGUAUCUUGCUGUUAACCAGAAGGUUGGGGGUUCGAGCCCACCCAGGGGUGGCUGUGGGCAGGUUUCCUGCAUUGCAGGGGGUUGCACUAGAUGAUCUUUAAGGUCCCUUCCAUGUCCACAACUCUUGAGAUUCUGUCUCUGCACUUUGACUAGGCUUUUGGCAAACGUUGAAGGCUCACUACUUGACUCUGAUGAUUAUCACCUGUGUAGUGUGUCUUCAGGACCCUCCCUAUUCCUGUGACUAAUCUGUUUUAGCUGUGUUUAAUUAGGAAUUUCAAAUAGUUUUAGCAUGCCCCGGAAUCUGCUGUUGGAGGGAAGGUAAUGAAUUUAAUAAUAAAAACAAUAUUGUUGUCUUUGUAGCCUUAGUUUCCGUUGCUGCCAUGGCUCUGUACUGUAAUCAGUCAAUAUAUUCAGAACUUCUGGGAUGGGCCGGAAAGCAUAAAUGCUUUAAAAAGAAACUCAGAGAAAUGCUUUUGUAUUGUUAUGUGGUUCAGAGACCUUAGGGCUGUCUUAUCAUUGCUGGGGUUUGGGUUUCUUUGAAGGGGGGUGCCUAAUGAAAAGUUGAAUGUAAGUGGGGAGCAAAAUGUAAUUUGUUAGAUGUGAAUACAAGGCACAAAAAGAAAGUUAGUAGAGAAGUGUAUUAAAAUUAGUAGUGAUAAUAAUAGAGCGUGAUUAUUAGAGCACAGAUUCAUUUUGAAGGAUUGAUGUCAGUGGAGAGAAAGCUAACUGAGGAGUCUGACCCAAAUUUUUAAUUCUGCUUUAGUGAAUAAGAGAUGUUUUGGUUUGAGAUUUCCUGUAGAGAUGUUCCAAUUCCAUUUGCUUCUCAGAUGUGUACAUUCUGUUUAUUAGAGCUAAUUUGGAUGCAUGGUAGUACCAAAUUGGGAAGUCCCACUCACCCACCGAAAAGCAUAAAGUCUGUAACAUCUGCCGAUAAGUUUAACUUGUGUGUUGUAUCAUAUAUUACACCCUCCACAAGUGGUUUGUCUCUAAUUUUUUUAUAUACGAAGGGUGUUUUUCAUUACUAUUUUGCCAUAUUUGUUUUUCCUUUUCCCCUUUUGUUACUAAAUUUGCAAAUUAAAAAUAAAGUUUUAAUUUUUAUAGCCAAGGUCUCUACUUAUCGUCAAAAGUUCCAAAAAGUAGGGGCAAUAAAAGGCCCCUCUGUUUUGUGUCUCUAUCCCAACCAUGAUUUCUGAUUAUAGCCUUACUGCUUUUCUGUAAAUUAUGUUGAAGUUGAACGAAUUUGGAAUUGAACCUCAUUUGUUUUAAGCGAAGAAAGAAAGAAAAUCUGAUUGUGGAAUGCAUUGUGAAAUCCAGUGAUGCUAUUUAAGCUUAUUUGCCAGUUCUUUUUCUGAAAUAAAAAAAAAUUAAAGUAUUUAAAUCCUCCCUCUUACAAAGCCCACCUGAUUUUUGCCAAACAGGUGAGGCGUUAAUUCUGCUAAUCUGUCUGCAUGAAAAUAUUUUUGAAUCUUGAUUAAUGCAGUUGAAUGGUAUGAGUCUAAUUAACAGGACCUUUGCCAGGUUUUGGUACCAUUACUAACCUUGAGUCUUUCCAAGUUUCUGGAAUUCAUACCCCUUCUUUUUAAUUCAGAUAUGAUGCCAAGUUUUCUUUAAAAUGUUUUGUUUAAAAGUCCCAUAAACCACCCAAGCCAGGUGUUUUGGAUUAUUAUUUUUUAAGGCACUUUCCAUGUAUUUUACAGAGUGGUGCAAUGAUUAAAGUAUUUGACUAGGGCCUGGGGGAGCAGGGUUCAAAUCUCCACUCAGCUGUGAACCUCCCUGGGCCACCUUGGGCCUAACUUACUUCACAGGCUUGGGGGGGGGAGAACCAUAGACCCCACCAGGGCCAUAUUUAGGUUUGAUGAGGCCCUAAGCUACUAAAGGUAAUGGGGCCCUUUAUAUGUCCUUUGUCAACAACAAAUUGCUGCUGUUUUUUGUGUUGCAUAUAUUCUAUAUGGUAAUUUAUGGACCAGUCCGUGCAGACUGUAGGCACCCUAUAUAUAGAAAUGAGCAAACCAGUGAUAUUUUAGGGAGCAGGCUAGCAGGCGGAGCCCAUUACUUACAUCACAGGAGCCUACACAACACAAUUUAUUUUUGCUGUAUGUAGGUUUUGUUUUACUUGUUUUUUAUCUUCUAUUUUGGAAAUGUACAUCCAGGUUUUUUUCCUUUAAAUUUUGGGGGGGCCCCAAGAGAGUGGGGCCCUAAGCUAUCGCUUGUCUAGCUUAUAUGUAAAUCUGGCCACUGCACCCCACCUUGAGACCGUUGGAAGAUAAAAAUGGUACAGUCAUACCUCGGGUUACAGAUGCUUCAGGUUGCGUUUUUUCAGGUUAUGGACUGCUGAAACCCGGAAGUACCGGAACGGGUUACUUCCGGGUUUUGGCGGUCGCGCAUGCGCAGAAGUGCUAACUUGCGCUUUGUGCAUGUGCAGAAGCACCGAAUUGCAACCCACGCAUGCACAGACGCACCGCUGCGGGUUGCGAACAUGCAUCCCGCACCGAUCACGUUCGCAACCCAAGCGUCCACUGUAUAUAGAUGUAAAUAAUUGAAGAAAUAAUAAAUAAAUGUCCCCAAACCCCCCCCCACACACACUUCAGGGGCGCCAGUGACCAUUGAGUAUUUGUGGUGCUGCAGGAGCCGCUAGGACGAUGGUGGAUGUAGGGGGGGAGAGACCAAGGAAGCAAGCCGUCUGUGUUAUGUGUGGGCCCUGCGAGUGGCGCACCCUGGCGCGAGGGCGUUCUCCCUCGGGCGGUUGUUGUGGAACUGCGAAAAGCGCUUCGAGAGCUUGAGCAGCCAUGCCCCUCUUUGCAGCCUGCGCGCCCGGCUUCUGUUGGAAUUGGUUGGUUUGACCCGAAGGAUGCUGCGUUCCGUUGGGCCAAGGUGGCGUCAUUCCGUGGCUCCGGAAGGGAGGCCUACAGGCCCGGCGCAUCGCUGCGCCAUCUUGUCUGUGGAAGGAUCGUGUGUUUGACCUUUGUUGUCGGUUUAAAUCAUUUUCUGAGGAAGGUCUGGUCAAGUCAGUGGCGUUUGGGUUCCUUUCCCCCUCCUCCUUAUUGCGUUACUAGGAGCGGGCAGGUGUCCUUAAGGCUGGGCCCACACGCCCCAGCAGUCCUGAAUCUCUGGCAAUAACUCCUGCUUUUGUUUCCAGGUCGGGGCAAGAUGGCGAGCGACUGGCCCCAGGCAUCCCGAGUGCCCAGCUUUGCCCAAAUGCUGAAGAAGAACCUGCCCGCCCAGCCGCCGCCGCAACCUUCUCUGCAGGCCUCGGCUCCCUUGUUUCCGCAGGCAGAGAGCGCCAAAGCUAUGUUUUUACCGGCAGAAACGUCUAACAUUUCCACCUUGGCUUCCAAGGUGACGAACAUCUCAGGUAAUCAUAUUGGUUUUUGUAAACAGUCGUUUUCGGCUGACGGCCUUGGAAGGCUUUUUUCCUGUUAUGUUGGGAGUAUCUGAAGGAUUUUGCUUCUGUCUGGAGGAAAAGGCAGUUUCUGGCAGUUUUCUUGAAUAAUUUGUAACCCACUGUCCCCCCCUCCCUCUCUUUGUGGCCAAAUGCUGGCCAAAAUAUCUGGAGGUGGUGUGCCCUGGCCUCUCCAGAUGUUGCCCUGCUGUCCAAGGCUGUCAGAGUUAUGUCACUUCUGCACGACAUAUUUUAGAGCCCUUUUAAUACUGUUUUAACUGCCAUGCCUUUGCUCAAGGAAUCCUACAAACUGUAGUUUUGCACUCAGAGCUACAGUUUCCAGUACCCUUAACUACUACCAUUUCCACACUUCGGGUAGGCCGGGUGAGCCAUAAUUAUUAAAGUGGCAUAAGUGUUUCAAAUGUGUUUCAAAUAAGGCUAUUUCCUAUGUCUGAUGUGAUCGCAGCCAAAUUAGCAUUUUUAACUUACUCUGCUGGUCUUAACCUGUGCUCUUCCAAAUUUCUGCUGCUGCUAUUUGUUUUUGUUCUCCAAAAUCGUUUUUGCUUUUAACAGCAAGGUUUCUUCACCGGUCUGGCCAAAAGAAAAGAUACUCAUUGGCCAUCUGAAUGUUGUGUGAGUUUAUACCUCUUAAGACCGCAUACCUGUGAAAUCAAAAUUUUUGGAGACUCAGAAGAAAUGUGUGGAGAGAACAUUGCUUUUGCUUAUCUUAAAGCUACUUGUUCAAAGAUCUUCCAGUUAAUAUCUCAAUGCUUCAUCAUGUUUUAUUGGUUUUAAUAUAUGUUUUUGCUUUAAUAAUUAAAACCUCUAUUGAGACAAGGAAUCUAGAUGCAUUGCUAUGGGAUUGUGUUCACAGUUCUUUAACAGCCCCACAUUUGUGUCUUUCUUUUUAAAUGUUAGUCUGUAAAGUGCCUGAAGUCCCUUAAUUAUAUGUGGAAAUAUCCCAAGAAUUCCCCAGUAUCCAUAAUAGGCUUUAUGUGCAAGCAGUCUACAGUUCAAUCCCACUCCACCUGAUUGGCUCUCAUUACCUUGUUCAUUGGGUGAAAUACCACAUAAAUUUCAUAUUUAAAACCUUCAUAAAGUAACAAACAACCCUGAAAAUAAAAAUAGCUUUCAAAAAGUUGAAAAAUGUCAUGAUGCCUUUGAUAAGGUGAAGAAGCACUUCCUGAAUAGCCAAAAAUGAACUGACAAAAGCUGCCAAGCAAAUAUUUUGACUUAUGCUAUUAUCAACUAAUGCAUUUUAGGUCAAGUUCCUGACUGCCUAUAUUCCAAAGCAGGACCCAUUGUUCCAAUCACUUCGCUUCCUCCCAAGAAAAUUCCGAAGGAAUUUGUCACAAAAUAUAAACGAGGGGAUAUAAACCCAGUGUCUGCUUUGCAUCAGUUUGCACAAAUGCAGCGCGUACAGCUUGAAUUAAAGGAAACAGUAGCAACAGGUAAAUAUAUAUAUAUAUAUUAAAUAAAAUCACUUUCUUGGGAAUCCACUCUAUUCUAGUACUGGGACAUUACAGGUGCUGUUUAAUAGGUGGCAUUCAAAGCUGCCAUAUAAUAUUAGUUUGGUUCCUCUGUUAUUUCAAUGGCUGCACAACUUGAUUAAAAUCGACCCAUGACAUGCUAUUCCUUGGUUGCCAUUUAGAUAUUUUGCAGCCUUUCCUGUGCUACCGCCAUUGCUUCAUAAAAUGUUGGAGAGGUCACUUGCCUUUGCUUGGUUGCAACUUAGUAUCCUCAUUCCCUACUCUAGAAAUGCAAAGCAUAAGUCAUAAUGCUGGGAAUUGGUAUCUAAAUGUCUAAAACAUUUAUCUAGAAGAAGUUUCUGUCAUUUGACAGUCCCAAAUAACUGAUUAGGAACCCAAUUUAAAUUGGAAAUGAAAACAAUAUUCAAAUUUAUUUCAUACUUGAAGUUCGGUGUCACAAUGAUAUGAUAGUUACGGCUUGGUUUGGCUGGAGAAUGAAGAUUAGGAAAGAGCAGCGCUGUCUGCAUAUCCCUGGAAUGGUUGGUUUUCUACCAAUAUUGAGCUAUUAGAUACAACGGAAUUCAAAUUUGGUGAAAUGCAAUAUUCAUAAAUUAUAAUAAUAUAAAACUUUUACAGUUGCAUUUAUCUAAAAAAAGAUUUCCUGUGGCACUUUUUAAGGUAAUCUCUUGGGAUCAUACUUUGCAUUUUGUGCUGUGGUUGAUGGCAUUCAGUAUAAGACUGGAUUGGGGCAAAACAAGAAGGAAUCAAAAUCCAAUGCCGCAAAACUUGCUCUUGAUGAAUUACUGCAGUUAGAUGAGACAGAACCAAAACCUCUAGAAAAUCCAGGUACUUUUGCUACUAUGAUGUUUGUCUCUUCACUGUCAGGUUCAGGGGUGGGGGAAUAACGUUAUCGUAGACUAACCCAAUCUUUUAUUCUGUAUUGGGACCCUAGCGCUGGGGAUACUGAAAAGAGUGGCAGAUAGUACUGUAUCUUCUUGCCCCCGUUUCAAGUAGCACUGCCAUGUUUUUGAAUCUUCAGAGUGUCUAUGAUGUUUGUCGGAAUAUUCCAAAGUUUUGGCCCCACCUGGUCUAGUUGUAUUGCAGACAGCUGAUGUGUGGGGUACUUUGACUAUUCCAGAGACCAGUUGUGUUGGUUUGUAGCAUAUAUUGGUUAAAGGAGCAUAUAUUUCUCUUAAGUAACAUGUUAGGUUGUUAUCUUCUCAUUUUUUCCAAUUUGGUAUCUUUGCAGGUCCUCCCAGGAAUCUUUCAGAAACUACAACCGUAACUGAACCUCAAAGAACAGCUGAAGCUAGCUACAUUUCAAAGCUUCCUUAUGGUAGGCAUUUUCUGUUUUUCGGUCAAAUGUAUGGUUGUGCAUGUUCAUUUUUUAUCAGCAAAUAAACUGCUGUUUCCAUAGCACAGUUUACUCGUGAGCCACUAACCCAGCGCUUGGGGUGCCAAGCAAGACCUUCAUUGGUGCCUUAACAUCUGCAGAGGUUGGUUUGGUGAUCGCUGUAUAAAGUGUAGAAUUGUUAGGCUUAUAAAGAUGGAACUUCGUUGUGGCAUCUCAAGUUAGCUAUCACUCCGUUUUUUUUCAUUUUUGCUUUGUUUUGGGUCAACUAAAAACAACAAUUAUUGGUGAUAUAACCAGAGAUGCAGUAGGCUACAUAAUCUAGUGAAUGGCAUGGAAGAGCUGUUGUGUAAAGAUAAGCUUGCUUGUGUACUACCUGUAUAUUCUUAAGAAAUAUUCUUACUUGAAGUACACUCUGUGGGCUCCCAAGAGAAGGAUUUACCAUUCCACACUUCCUCCUUAUACCAAGGAGAAUAAACAUUCAUUCACACUAUUUUUCCCCUUUAGUGAUGAUCUCCAAUAUUUCUAAACAGUUGGUUUUGAUUCUUUGCUUUAUCUUUAUAACUUUACUAGAAGGGCUGCAUCUUGCGUAUGAAAAAAUUUCUCAAGCUGUCAGGGAAACAUUCAACAGUUUGACUGCUAAAUAUCCAGAGUACCAGAGUUGUAGCAGUUCGCUGGCUGCUUUCAUAAUUGAAAGAGGUAAGCACAAACGUUGUUGUUGUUUAAAUUGCUCUAGGGCAGCAGUGGCAACUUCCGGUUCCCAUAAAGCCACCCUAUUCCCCCCCCCCACAGUCAUGUGGUUUGGCUCAAACCAUGCUCACUCAUUCAUCACUGAAAGUCAGGCGUGGCACUGGUGAGGAUCUAGCGUCAAAUUCAAAAGGAAAUAUUGAGAGGUGCUGUUGCUUAGGAAUUUGGGACAUACAGUGGUACCUUGGUUUAAGAACAGCUUAGUUUAUGAACAACUUGGAUUAAGAACACCGCAAACCCGGAAGUAGGUGUUUUGGUUUGUGAACUUUGCCUUGGAAGCACAACAUGUUCCACAUCUUGUUGAGUGUGUGCCAUUUCCAUUUGUAAAUUGAGUCCCCCGCUGCUAUGGGAAAGCACGCCUUGGUUUAAGAACGCUUUGGUUUAAGAACGGACUUCCAGAACAGAUUAAGUUCGUAAACCAAGGUACCACUGUAUUGCCUGGCUUGCAUUUUACGUAUGAUGUUAGGUGAUGGAUAGGCCUGUCAAACUGGCCUACAGGGAGCUGACAGCUUGUGGCCCCAGUCCUUUCUUCAAAUUCAGUUUUGCACCCCUUGCUCUAGCACGUAUCUCUAAAAAUAUCAUUGAAUAAAAAUAAAGCUGAAUUCCAAAAUGGGCAACUAAAUUUCUCAAAUGUUUUGUUUGUUUGUUUUUAGUUAGACAGCAUGAGGUGGUCGCUAUCGGAACAGGUGAAUUCAACUAUAGUCAAUGUGGUCAUCCAGAUGGGAGAAUAUUGCAUGACUCUCAUGCUGUUGUUACUGCAAGACGCUCUCUUCUUAGGUAAAAAAAUAAAUAACGCUGCUGCUUUUUCUCAAAUUAAAACUGCUGCCGGUACACUUGUGCCGUGCCUUGGAGGGCUAAACUGGUCAGGGACCCAUACCAGGGGUCUAUUGGACUUAAACUCUCAUGCCAAGAAUGCCCUGGGCCUCCCAGCCAACUGGGGACUCCCACCCCGGGCCUCAGACCAGCUCUUCCGGGGCCAGCUAAUUCUUGGGAAUAUGUAAUUUUACUCUAAAAGUAAUUUGACACUAAAAGUUUUGUGUUCCUCCUGGUUUCUCUAAUACAGAUUUUAAAUGCAUCCUGUGUUGUAUCUGAAAUACUUAUGCUUCUUUCAAGGUAUUUUUAUAGACAGCUUUUGCUCUACUACAGUAAAAAUGCUGCCAUGAUGGAUAAGUCCAUAUUUUGCAUUGAGCCAUCUUCAAACUUGCUUGCGCUAAAACCAAACGUAAGCAUAUUUCUCUACAUGAAUCAGUUACCAAAAGGAUCUGCUCAGAUUAAGUCCAGGCUGUAAGUAUUAGACAUUCCAACAUUAUAAAGUUUAAUUCAUGCAGAUGCGUUUUUCUCAUUAAGAUGGUUUUACAUUGUAUUUGCUGCACAAGAAAGUAAUAUUGAUUAGUCUGAUUUGUAACACAUUAUCACAGAGGUUUGCAGUUACGAUUAUUGGAAGGCCAACCUACUGAAAAGAAAAAAGGAGAGUAGCGUAGAAGUGAUGCAAAAUCAAAUUUAAGUGAAGCCCAGUUCAUACAGAUAGCUGUUAAUUUUAUUUUCACAGCUUCAAACAUCUAUCUUUUGAUUUUCCCCAAGCACUGAGUUACAGUGGUGCCUCGCAAGACGAAAUUAAUCCGUUCUGCGAGUUUCUUCGUCUUGUGGAUUUUUUCGUUUUGCGAAGCACGGAUGCACCCUGGUACUGUAUUAUAAUGGGAUAGCGGGCAAAGCACAAAGCGGGUCGCUCCCCAGCAGGAGGGGUUUCCCCAGCCUGGAGGAUCUGUUGCCGGGAAGAGGCAAACACCCCCUCCCACCUCCCCACGAAAACAGCCCCCCUUCCUCUGUCGCCAAGCCUUGCGGCGUCUUCGCUCCGCCAAACCGCGUCCCACAUCAAAGCCCCAGCCCGCUCCUCUCCCUCUCUCUCCACGAGGUGCCAAUGGAAGUUCGAGCCCAGGAACCGAGGGCGGACGCACGAAACGCCCGGCGCGGACUCUCCCUUGCUCCCCCCGUUACCUUGCGCCACGCCGCUGGGCUCCCCACAGUCUCGGCAGCUGCUCCAGGCUUCUUCCCAUCCCCGCAAAGGCGCCUUCGCGGCAGCCCAAGCGCAGUGGAUGCCUCCUCCUCCUCCUCCUUUGUCCCGCCUCCUCCUGCCUUCGCGCAGUUAGGGCAAAAUGGAGCAGCCAUGUGGGGAGCGGGGGAGAGAGGCAGAGGCGGCAGCAGCGCAGAGACCCAGCCAGAUCCGCUGGAUCCCAGCCCACCUGCCUCCUCUGUGCCCUCUCCAGAAGAGGAUCCCUCUGGAAAAGGUAGGUCGCUUCCUCGCUCGCUCCCUGCCAGCCCAGUUCCCGCUUCAAAAGGAAACAAACUCACAAGACGUUUCGUCUUGCGAAGCAAGCCCAUAGGGAAAUUCGUCUUACGAAGCACCUCAAAAACCGCAAAACCCUUUCGUCUUGCGAGUUUUUUGUCUUCCGAGGCAUUCGUCUUGCGGGGCACCACUGUAGUGUAAAUUUACAGUGCUUUGUUCACAACUGAAGGGAUAGAACUCUCUUUGAUAAAUUAACUCAUAUGCAAUUAGCCAAUUAUUACCAAACAUGUUUUGCUUUUGUAUGUAUGUAUGUAUGUAUGUAUGCAGACUUCUACCCAUUUACAGUAGGUUUUUCUGGGCUGUGAACCAGUCAUUCCACAGGAAUAGAGGGCACUUUUUGGUGGGCACCACCUGCUUCCAUCUUGGAGAGGAGCUCCCUGCCUCCCCAAACUGGCUCCGUUCAUAUUGAAGAUGAAGACUAGCUGUUACAGAAUCCAAGCCUUAAAAGAUCUCCCUUGUUGGCAUAGCUUCCUAGUGGUUGAGAAGGGGUCCUCUUGAAAGAAAUAAUUGAUAUUGGGAUUGUGACAGCAGUUAUGAAUGUGGAGCCUGUCCUGUUAUGUAUGUUUCCAUGUACAGUGGUACCUCAGGUUAGGUACUUAAUUCAUUCCGGAAGUCUGUUCUUAACCUGAAACUGUUCUUAACCUAAAGCACCACUUUAGCUAAUGGGGCCUCCUGCUGCUGCUGCACUGCCGGAGCACGAUUUCUGUUCUCAUCCUGAAGCAAAGUUCUUAACCUGAAGCAAUAUUUCUGGGUUAGCAGAGUCUGCAACCUGAAGCGUAUGUAACUUGAGGUACCACUGUAUUAGCAUGCUAUUGCUUGCCAGGGUGCUAGGAAAAGGUCAGUUGGAAGGAAAUCACAUACUGCUGAUAGCUCCCUAUUAGCCAAAGAUACCAUAGUUCUUUGAGCUGUUGACCUAGCACAAAAGGAGCCUUGCCAGCUACCUUUAGUCCCUGAGAGGGGCUAGAACUUGAGUUCCGUCAAGUUCUGGCUGAAAAAAAGCCCUGGUAUAAAGGCAUUCACUUAGAGGCUGACUUCUAUUUUGCUAUGACUGGGGAAACUGCUAUAUCUUAAUUAUUGUGCUAUAUACUUAAUUAUAGACGCCUCAGUCCCAAUUCUGCAUCUGCAUUUGAAGCUGAUGAGGAACUGUGCCUUCAUGUCGCUGUUGAAGGCAAGGUUUAUCUCACGGUCUACUGUCCUGCUGAAAUUUCUAGAAUAAGCAGCAUGUCUGCUAGUGACAAACUGACAAGAUGGGAAGUACUGGGUGUUCAGGGAGCCCUGCUAAGUCACUUCAUUCAGCCCGUUUAUGUUAACAGGAUCAUUGUUGGUAAGUGAGUGACUUCUACUUAUUAAAUUCUGUUAAAAUGCAUCAUAACAAAUCACAUACUUUCACGCUUGUCUGUUGGGUUGUUAAGUGGUCCCCAAAACAGAACAGCUUCUGAAACAUACAGUGACAUGAAAUUUAGCUUUAAAUUUGAUAAAUGUCCUAUCUUUUUUCUAUUCAAAGUAUCUAACCAGCUUACAAAAUUCAGUACUAAAAUAUAAAACGACAUUUUAAAAGCCUUUCACAACCUAGUGCCCUCCAGAUGUCAUGGGUUACAGUUCCCAUAGCUCUGAUGGGAACUGUAGUUCAAGAUAUCAAAACAUAGUUUUGAAAAAUUUUGAUUUACAGGUUGAAAGCUAAGUCUAUCCAAUCUCUGGGCCAAUUGACAUGAAAUCAGUUCAUCUGUAUGCUACACUCGCAUGGUGCUUGUACUUUUAUUCUGUACCCUUUGCAUGAAAAUAUCACCUCUCUGCCAUUUCUGAUUGUGAACUCCAGUAAUGUUUGAGAGAGAGUUCCAUGUUUGUGCACACUUAUGCACAGGGUAGAAAGCUGCACUUGGUGUAAUAAUAAUAAUAUUAUAAUAAUUUAUUAUUUGUACCCUGCCCAUCUGGCUGGGUUUCCCCAGCCACUCUGGGCGGCUUCCACAAAGAUCAAGAAUACACUAAGAUGUCACACGUUAAAAACUUCCCUGAACAGGGCUGCCUUAAGAUGGCUUCUGAAUGUCAGGUAGUUGUUUCUCUUUGAUAUCUGAUGGGAAGGCGUUCCACAGGGCGGGCGCCACUACAGAGAAGGCCCUCUGCCUGGUUCCCUGUAGCUUUGCUUCUCGCAAUGAGGGAACCGCCAGAAGGCCCUCGGCGCUGGAUCUCAGCGUCCAGGCAAAACGAUGGGGGUGGAGACGCUCCUUCAGGUAUACUGGGCCGAGGCCGUUUAGGGCUUUAAAGGUUAACACCAACACUUUGAAUUGUGCUCAAAAACGUGCUGGGAGCCAAUGUAGGUCUUUCAAGACCAGUGUUACGUGGUAAACUUCCUAGUGCACAUCCAGUAUGCACCUUGUGUGUUUAGACUUGAGUCUCUUCUUUCAGUCAAUAUUAAAUAUUGAAACACUGGCUGUUUCCUAGUAUCUGCGUUCAGUGUGCUACAUGUCUUGUUAACUUCUGAAAACUAAUGUUCUAUGGGAAUGGGGCUUAAAGCAGAGUGUGAAUGGUAACUGUACAUCUCCAUAGAGCAAAGGUUCAGAGUCUAGAAGCAUGCCUUGAUCUUCUCUAAAUAUUUGGUGUGGUUCUUAAUGUUUUUAGGGGAUGGGAACUGCCAUGAUACACGAGGACUGGAAAUAGCUAUCAAACAACGGGUAGAUGAUGCUCUCACUUCAAAACUGCCCAUGUUCUACAUGGUGAACAAACCUCGCAUUAGCUUGGUAUCUGCUGCUUGCGCUGUACAGGUAGACUUGGAACGCAGAUCUCUUAGUUUGAAUUGGUCCCAAGGAGACCUGUCGUUGGAGGUCGUAGAUGGGCUAAAUGGGAAGAUCACAGAAAGGUAAAUGUUUAUAACAAAAAGUACAUUAAAUUGAAAGAAGCACCUUAGCUUAAUUGUCCUCUGUUCAAAACAAGUGGGAAGUUAUUCUCAUGUGCUCGGUCCCCGCUCCUGUCAACCUAUCAGUUCGAAAGCACACCAAAAAGUGCAAGUAGAUAAAUAGGUACCGCUCCAGCGGGAAGGAAAACGGCGUUUUCGUGCACUGCUCUGGUUUUGGUGUUCCAUUGCGCCAGAAGUGGCUUAGUCAUGCUGGCCACAUGACCCGGAAAAACUGUCUGCAGACAAACGUCGGCUCCCUCGGCCUGUAAAGCAAGAUGAGCGCCACAACCCCAGCAUCAUCUGCGACUGGACUUAACUGUCAGGGGUCCUUUACCUUUACUUUUAAUCUUGGUUAUGCAUUCUAUAAAAUAACUUUGAAACAGAGGCUUCUAGUUUUCCACGUGACCCUAAAACCUGUUAAGGAUUUUCAGUAACUUUGCUCUCUAUAACUAGUUGAAUUCAGACAAAUAACCACUAGUGUGCUCUUUAUCAUCACUAUUUUUCAUACCUAGUUCACCCUUCAAAAGUGGCAUUUCGAUGGCAAGUCGUCUUUGCAAGGCCGCAAUGUUAAGUCGUUUCAAUUUAGUGGUUAAAGAAUCAAAGAGAGAUGAUUUACUUAAAGCGGGCACGUACCACGAAGCAAAGGUAAGACUUGAUGAAAGGAAACUUGCUGUAAGUGCAGAUCUCGUGAAUUCUAUUUUGUUCAUUCACUGAGUUCAGAAUUGGUUUGGUUUUAGCAAGGGGAAACAGUAUCCUAGAUCUUGUUAUUUGAGUAGCUGUUAAUCUAAAGGUCACAGUUCAAUACUAUUCAUUAAUUUGGAAAGUAAUUCAGUAGUAUACAUGGUUCUAUUGUAUUUUAGAACAAGAGCACAUCAGUAAUUUGUUUACCAUGAUACAGGGAAGAAAUUUAGUAAUCUAUCCAUCUGCUUUAACCAAUGUGUUAAAUUGGCUUUCAUCUUGUAUUUAAAAGAUAGGAAUAGCAUGAUAAAGUAGCUGAUAGAUCCUUGUGCCCUCUUCAGCUUUGAACUGUAGAAAGGGCUGGGGCUGGGGUUAAAGGCAGUUUGUAUAGGUUAGUGGGGUAGGAGAAUGUGCACUCCUGACAGGAGGCUUAGUUGGAUCAGAAUUGAGUGUAAACUUCCAGAGUUAGUGCUAAAUACAAUAAUUCCGCUAAAUGAGCCACACAGCUGCUAAAAGGCCGUGAGGGUUGGCGGUUCAAAUCCCCACGACGGUGUGAGCUCCCGUUGCUCGGUCCCUGCUCCUGCCAACCUAGCAGUUCAAAAGCACGCAGUGCAAGUAGAUAAAUAGGUACCGCUCUGGCAGGAAGGUAAACGGCAUUUCCGUGCGCUGCUCUGGUUCUCCAGAAGCGGCUUAGUCAUUCUGGCCACAUGACCCGGAAGCUGAACUCCCUCGGCCAGUAAAGCGAGAUGAGCACCACAACCCCAGAGUCGUCUGCGACUGGUCCUAAUGGUCAGGGUCCCUUUACCUUUUUACCCAUGUACUAUAUGAAACCCAAGGGGCGCAUUGGUUGCCAGAUGUGAAAUAUAUUGACAUUAUUUUCAGCUCCCCUACCCAGCAAGAGUGCUCUCCCCGGGGAGGCUUGCUUGUCACCUUAUUUAGGUACCAAGUGAAAACAUUUCACUGUAACCAGUCCUUUGGCAGAUUAAGCAAUUUAUGUCUUUUUAAAUAUGUUUGUGGCGGGGGGGGGGGUGUUACUGGUUUUCAUUUCUUAAAUUGUAUUUUGUGUUUUUAUGUUGUGUACCGCCCUGUGAUUUUUGGAUGAUAAUUAUUAUUAAUAAUGAUUUUAUUAGAGAUAAAUAGGCCUUUUGGAGCAUUUGUAUUUCAACAAGCUUGCCGUACACAAACUUUCAAAACGCAUUGUGAGGAUUUCUUUAUACCAACUUCCCUGUUAAAUUAUUAAUUGAACUUUUAAAAUUUAGAUUAUGGCAGAGUCCUACCAAGGAGCGAAAUAUUUGCUGAAAACCUACCUGGAGCAGCAUGGUUUUGGGUCUUGGAUUGUGAAGUCUCCACGUAUGGAACAAUUCAGUAUGUAAUGAUUAAUAUAUCGGCUCCGGAGCUCUUGAAGUAGACUAGUUUUUUUGAGUUUCUUAACUUUUUCAUUGGUUAGUAGUUGUAGAUCAGUACAGUGUCAACUGAUUGCUGAAAAAAAUGUACAUACGCAAAAUAAGUUAGCUAAGUUGUUAAUAUAUGCGGGCCAUUUUUAUUACUUAAGUCUCUUGCCAGCAUAAAGAUAUCUGGCAUUAAAGUAUAGUUUGGUGUUUUAUGUGUGUUAUGCAUUUGCAGUAAUAUAUUUUUAAUUGAUUUCUCAUACUUUGGCUACGAAGCUUUAAAAUAAGUGAGGUUGAACAAUGUAAAAGUGGAGAAUUGUGUGCUGGCAAUUAUUAUUUUGCCAGGUUCAGUACCUGCUGGUAAUGGCAGUGCAAGUUACCAUGUCAUCACCUUGUUUUAAAGAUUGGUUGCUUCUCUUCUGGCUUUAAAAGCCACAAUUUUCCUUAUUAAUCAUCAUUAAACUUUGGUGGGCUAUAUAUUUUUUCAAUUGUGGGCACUCAAGUUUACGCCUGUAGGAAACUACAGCAGUAGAAAACCCCACGAGCGCAGUGACAAACCAAAUAUGUGAUCUACUCAUGGUACAUUAUGGAAAACAGGCCUUCAAGCUUUUCAAGCCCAGUAUUUUGUGCAUAAUUGUGUUUGCAUUUGGAAACAACUUGGAAAUUGUAUCAGGUGUCUUAAAUAUUUCAUUUGCAAUUUGACUUCAGAGAUGAUGUUGAUGACUUAAUGUCCUUUUCCCUCUAAAAUCAUUAAGACUGAAAGGGUCUUAAUCACAUACUGUAGUUUGCCAUUAAAAUUAAUCUACCCAGCUUCAUAAAAAGUUGUGUGUGAUACAUCGAUUUCCAAGAACUAGCAAGCUCACAAACAUUCUACUGCUUUUGUGGUCCAAAUGGUAAAAAUGUGCAAACCAGUAGCCAAAGGGAUAUAUUUAAUGCCAUUUCAUUGAAGUUGGUGUCGCCCCUUCAGGAGUUGGUUUAUAUAAGGGCGGGUAUCUUGGAAAAGGCAUUUAUUGUGGUUAAGCUGUUUCAAGAGUCCUCAUAAUCUAAGUUUUUGAAUCAAAGUGAAGGAAGUUUCAUGUAUAUUGGCAGUCAAAUACUAUUUGCCAGGAACAUGCUUGGAACUGAAUGGCUGUAAUGGAUAUAUGACUGUCUGCAUGGACUUUCCUGGCCACAAAGCGGAGAUAGAUCUCUACAGUUGCACAAACAACAGGGCAAACAGCUUUUAUACCAUGUGAAGCCACUGCCACCCAAGUAUUUUCACAGCACCUUCAUUGUGAUACUUUUGUGAAUGAAACAGGCCUGAGCUUCUGAAGACUAGCCUGACCUACGCUGUAACUUUUUUUUUUAAAAGGGGGUGGUUUGACUCACUGUUUUCUGAUUCACAUUUAGAGGCUUUGAACAGUAAGAUGAGAUUUCUAGUUUUUUAAUAGGAAUUAUCCCGGGUAGCCUGCAUGGUGCUUUCCAGUUGGCUUACAAUUCCCAUCAUCCCUGACCACUGGCCAUUCUCACUGGGCAUACUGGGAGUUUAAGUCCAACAACAUCUGAGGGGCAUCACUUUGGCUGCUCCUAAAUUAGUGUGUGUUACUGAGCAAUAACUUUUAGCCCGAUGAAGAAAUAAAUGUGUUGGGGUUUUUUUUUUGUUAAAUUGUGGGUCCCCCCCCCAAUAAAACUUGUUUUUUGCUGAGAAUUGUUGUUUGACUUGUAUGGCUUGAAGUAAUAAUAAUGCGUUCCUUUUCACUGGAAAGUUUGAUCCCCACUGCUGCCCCCGUUCUUAAAGCCUAUUGCAACAAAUCUAUGGAGACUUAUUCUUUUUUUGGUAACUAAACAUUUUCACUGUGCCAUUUUCUCCACUGGCGCGCAUUCCCACAAUGCACCUCGAUGCCAAACUUCAUGCGCUCAUGCUGCCGUGUUAACACGUCCUCAAUAUCAGAAGUGUGCAGGGUUCUUCACAGGACACAAGUGACAAUAGGCCUCUCCCAACACCCCCCCUCCUUCAUGAACCAAAGGGAGGGGGGUAUCUAAGGGCAGAACAACAAAUUACGCUACAGAAGUCCAGGAAUUAUAUUGAGGUGAUAUUUACGGAUAAAUGUAGCAGAUCAUUUGGGGAAAGGCACAUUUUCUUCAUGUAAACUAGCUAGCGAGAAUAAUACCUUAAUAGUGUGUACAGUCGUACCUCGAGUUACAAAUGCCUCCGGUUACAAACGCUUCAGAUUACAAACUCCGCUAACCUGGAAGAGUUACCUCGAGUUGAGAACUUUGCCCCAGGAUGAGAACGGAAAUCGUGUGCUGGCGGUGCAGCGGCAGCAAGAGGCCCCAUUAGCAAAAGCACGCCUCUAGUUAAGAACAGUUUCAGGUUAAGAACGGACCUCCGGAACAAAUUAAGUUCGUAACUAGAGGCACCAGUGUAAUUACUCUUAAUCCAUUGCUAGAAGACAUGGAGACAAAUAUGAACAGUGGGCAUGAGAGAAAACAAUGCAGAAGUAAAUCAUGAUUCAAACCUAAUGUGGGGUGGUCUGUCUACUGUCCCAGUUUUCAUGUUUAUUUUCCUCCAGGCAUUUAUAUACUGAAUCGUUAGCAUGUGUAAGAAAUGAUAUAAGGACUCAGGUUGUCCUCAAAAUAUUAUGAAGGUUUUAAAUUAAUACAAUACAUGAAAUUGCCCUGGUAAUAUUGGCAGCCACUGCAAGCUUUUUAAGCACUGGAGUUAAGUGCUGGCAGGAGUCUGUCCCUAUUGACAAAUAUAGCUGCAGUAUUGUGCACAAGAGGAGGUUCCAGACAACCCUACAAAGAGUAUAUUGAUGGGAAGUUCUGCUUCUGCACAUGAGUCUGGCAAACCGCUCUAAACUGAAGCAUUCCUUUCCUCACCCGCCCUAGAAUGUUCAGUUCACAUUGAGUUCAUGAAACAUCGUACCCUGACCUGUUCUUAAUGCAUGGUUGACCACAUCUACGGAAUGCGAUUGUUAUGCUCUUUUAAGUUUUGCAAUAUCAAUCACUAGUAAUAGUUUAAUAAGGAGGUUUUCAUACCUGUCCAACCAUGUGUUCCCUUUCCCAACCUUUAAUCUAUUGAUGAUUAAUGCCUAUAUACAACCCUUGCAUUGUAUUUGUGUUAACCAAUCAGCAACAAGCACAUAUGUGGCAAUGCUGUAAUAUUCAAUAAAAGGGACUCCCCGAGACAUGCUCGGCAGAUGCCUCCCAUAUGAC